AUGAUCAUCCGAAUCAAGACUCUGAAUCAUCUAUCUGCAUUCAUAUUCAUCACACUCUUUGCUUUCUACCCAAUAAUUUGCGGAGCACAAGGCAACAACAACACCACAAUUACAAAUUCUUGCGAAACCUACGCCAGAUGCGGAGCUUUCGGCAGCUGCAACUCACAAGGCUCCCCAAUUUGCACCUGCUUACGUGGAUUCGAACCGCGGAACAAGCGAGAAUGGGGUUCCGGAAACUGGACCGCCGGGUGUUUGAGAAAAUUCCCCUUAGAGUGCCGUAUAGGAAAUAAUAGCAGUAGUAGUGGUAAUGUUAAUGGGGGAAGAGAAGAUGUGUUUUUGAGGGUAGAGAUGAUCAAAGUUUCGGGUUACUCGCAGCGUUGGCCCGGCCCGAAAAGCGAGUGCCAGAAGAUGUGCUGGAUGAACUGUUCUUGCUUAGCUUAUGCACACGAUUAUAAUUUCGGGUGCAUGUUUUGGAAUAGUACCUUGUUCGACAUUCAGAAAUUCCCUAGUGGAUUGGGUUCCGAUCUUUAUUUUCGUGUCGCGAAUUCUGAACUUGAUUGUGCUGAUUCGGCUUCCUUUGGUUGCUGCUGCGUUGAUGCAGAACACAAGAAAGACUUGAAGAAAAUCGUAAUAGCUUCGUUAGGCGAAAAAAGAGCCGUCGUGCACAGAGGAGAGAGAGAAUCAGAUUCAAUUAAUCCGUCUGUUCAAGAAACAUUAAGUAGGUUUAAUCUUGAAGAGUUACCAUUAAUCAAAUUUGAGGUUCUCGUAAAUGCAACUAACAACUUCUCGAAUGCUAACGAGCUCGGAAAGGGCGGUUUUGGCAUUGUUUACAAGGGAGAAGUGGCGAAUGGAAGAGAAAUCGCGGUGAAGAGGCUCUCGAAAGGGUCGGGACAAGGGAUGGAUGAAUUCAUGAAUGAAGCGUUGCUUAUUUCUAAACUCCAACACAGAAAUCUCGUUAGACUAUUGGGAUGUUGUGUGGAGAAUAACGAGAAGAUUCUUAUAUACGAAUACAUGCCCAAUAAGAGCUUGGACUUCUUCCUCUUCGAUCAAUCACAAGAAAUCCUAGAUUGGAGAAAGCGUUUAAACAUAAUUGAAGGCAUUUGUCGAGGCCUUGUUUACCUUCACAGAGAUUCGAGAUUAAAGAUUAUCCAUCGAGACCUAAAGCCCAGUAACAUAUUGCUGGAUAAUAAUUGGAAUCCGAAGAUUUCCGAUUUCGGGAUGGCUAGAAUUUUCGGAACCAAGCAAGAUCAUAUCAGCACUGUAAGAGUGGUCGGAACAUACGGAAAUAUGGCACCCGAGUAUGCAAUCGGAGGAAAAUUUUCGGAGAAGUCCGAUGUUUUCAGCUUGGGAGUAUUGAUUCUUGAAAUCGUCUGCGGUAGAAAAAACACGAGCUCUAACAAUAAUGAAACCUCCGUCAACCUCUUAGGACAUGUGUGGAAAAUGUGGAACGAAGACAAGGUUGGAGCGUUGAUAGACGUAAGAAUAUCGGGUGAGAGUUGUCGUACAGAAGUGGUGAGAUGCGUACACAUUGGAUUACUGUGUGUACAAGAACUGCCUAAAGAUAGGCCGUCGGUUUCGGGUGUGCUCUCGAUGCUCAACAGUGAAAUCUCAGAGCUUCCGGAGCCGAAAAACGUUACAUUUGCGUUAAAUUCGGACCCAUUGAAUACGAGAACAUUUUUUUAUCAGCAGAGCCAAGAGAGUAGCGGCUCCAUAAAUAAUAUUACUCUCUCCGCUGUUGAUGGCCGAUGACAAUUGACAAAUAUGUAUGUAUAUAUUUUUCUAAUCAUUUAUAAAAAUAAUAUAUAAAAGAAUAAUAAACAUUGGGAUUAGAUUAGAUUAGAUUAACGCCGGAUUAGCUCAUCCUUGCACGAUCGCGACCCUUUGUUCCGGCCAUUGUAUUAUGGUGUUGGUUGUAAGAAUUUUAAUUUUUUUUUUAUUCAUCAUGAAAAUUAGGACAUUAUGCAGAGGCUUUAGUUCCAAAUUUGAUUGUUUUAAUU